GAGCGCUGUCCAUUCCUCAUUCGUUCUCUGAGUCUCUGCCAUUAGAAUGGCUCGACCUUCGAUGCUCUAUCUCUUCUCCUACAACUCGCCUUCACUAUCUUUUGGAUGGUCACUUGCUCUUUGCAAAAUCGUGGGCAAUCUCAUAACAACAAGUUCAAUCGAUGGAACCUACGCCUCCGCUGGAGAUCUCAUCUGUAUUUUGCAAACAAUUUCAUUCUUGGAAGUUAUGCAUGCUGCCAUUGGCUUGGUUCCCAGUGGGGUAUUGCUAGCUUUGAUGCAAUGGGGAGGGAGGACUCACUUCUUGCUGGCAAUUGUUCGACAAAUUGUCGAGGUGCAAGAACUCCCGUCAGUUUUCAUAACCUUUAUGUCCUGGAGCAUAUCUGAGGUUGUAAGGUAUUCUCAUUAUGCUACAAGUUGCAUAGGAAUUUGUCCAUCUUGGCUCACCUACUUCAGGUACACUCUGUUUAUUCCCUUGUAUCCCAUUGGUGUUGCUCCUGGAGAAAUGUGGUUGAUGUAUCAAGCACUACCAUUUAUAAAGGAUAGAAAUCUUUACUCCAAAGUUUUUGAUAAGCUCCCAUUCAGCUAUUACUCUUUUGUCAUGAUUGUGCUGGUGUUCUACCCGAUUCUAUGGUCAAAACUCUACUUGCAUUUAUUCAAACAACGACGAUCAAAGCUGAAAAAUCAUCAAAAAAAGAAGAAAAUUUAGAGUUCGCCUUGUUGCGUAAUGGCGAAAGAGCUUGCAGAAUCUUCAUGGCUCAAGUAAGUGGCAUACAAUGUUAGAGAACUAUGAUUCACUUAAUCAGAGUUUAUCUGCCUUGUUUCAAUAUUGGCUCCUAAAGCUCAGAGAGGUGCACUGCCUAGAAAUUUGGCUAUGUAACUAUAUGAAAAGUAAAUUCUUAAUAAGAUGCCUUUUUGUCUA